AUGUCCGGCACAGAUGAUGCAGACGAGAACCGGCGACGCUUUCAGGCGCCCUAUACGCCGAAGCAUCAGAUUCCGACCAUACAGAAAUACCAACAGGAGAAAGAAGAACGGAAAGCACUAGGCGGUACCAACAAUGGCGACGAUGAGAAGUCCUCCUGGAGCGACCGAGCCAGAGAAUACUGGCAAAGUGACAAGGAGAAUGAGAAGCCGGAGGAGGACGAGAGCAAAGGCGGUGCCGAUCAAGAGGAGGAAGAGAACGAGGACUACCGGGAUGAAGAGCCUAUGGUAGAUACCUCAGAGGCCGGACCGACCAACAGCAAAGACAAGCGUAAGGGCAUGAAAAAGCGCAAAGACGAUGCUGCGGAGCGUCAGGUCACCGAUCCCAUUACACAUUUACCUGUCACCAUACAUGAUUUUACAUCUCAAGCAUUGAAGGAUGUGCCGGAGAAUGAAAAGCCAAUGGGGACCACACAGCGUUCGGCGACUGGCCUGAGCAACAAGAACAAGACUAAUCAGCAGUUGCAGAAGGAGCUUCAUGAAAUGGAGCACGGCAGGGAGUCGACGAAAGCUAUCUUUCCACCUCCGGAGUACAGCUCAAUCAAGCAGGAGCUAGCUGAGAUCAACAAACUCGGAACCACAGUUGGGCUUGUCGGCGCUAUGCUUAUAGUCACGAUUGCGUUCGGUUUGGAGAAGCUCAUGAGGUCGACUGUCCUUCCGAAGUGGGACCAGAAGCACAAUACCAGACCCUAUAUCUCACAUGGUAUCGUGUGGACGGUGCUCGGCGUGCUGACGGCCGGUACAACGUUCGCUUUGGGGAAGGGCGUGCGUGACUGGAUGGAGAGGCGUUUGAACGGAAUAUGGGACGACGAGAUCUGGGAGGCCAAUCGGGCGGGCGAGCAGCGGAGUCUCAAAGCUCAUGAAACCGAGACAGUAUCUUGGCUGAAUGCGUUGAUGUCUUCUGUCUGGCCUCUCGUCAACCCCGACCUCUUCACAAGUUUGGCAGAUACACUAGAGGACGUCAUGCAAGCUUCACUACCGAGUCUAGUGCAGAUGGUCAGUGUCGAUGACGUUGGGCAAGGCAGUGAGAGCUUGCGGAUACUUGGCAUUAAAUGGCUACCAACCGGCGCUGCUGCAAGAUCUGUAGGCAAGAAUGGUAAGCUGAAGUCUAAAGAGGAGAGCAAGAAGACGAACGAUCGUAUUGUUCCCGGUGAAGGGGAGGUAGACGAUGAUGCUGAGGAUGGCGAUAAGGAGGACAAAGAUGGGAAGUCUGGAAAUGACGACGACGAUAACGACAACGAGGAUGGCACGGAAGCCGAACAAGCUGAAGGCAUGGAGGCCGAAGAGGGCGAUUUCAUUAAUCUGGAGGUGUCGUUCGCGUACCGAGCGCGCUCGAACAUGAAGACCAUGAAGGAAAGAUCGAAGGAUGCUCAUCUCUACCUAGCUUUCUAUAUGCCUGGGAAUCUCAAGGUACCGGUCUGGGUGGAUCUACGUGGCAUAGUGGGCACUGUACGGUUAAGACUACAGCUGGCACCCGACCCGCCUUUCUUCGCGCUCUGCACCCUCACCUUCCUCGGCCAGCCAAAGGUCGAUAUCAGCUGUACACCUCUAAUCAGGAGCGGAAUUAACUUGAUGGAUUUGCCGCUGAUAUCGAAUUUUGUGCAGUCUUCGGUCGAUGCAGCCAUGGCAGAAUACGUGGCACCGAAGAGUCUGACGCUCGAUCUCAAGGACAUGCUGGCAGGCGAUGAUUGGAAGAAAGACACAUCUGCUCGGGGUGUACUGGUGGUCAACAUCAGACGCGGCUAUGACUUUCAGGCUGGAGAUCCUGGUAUACCUCUGAUCAAAGAAGGCGGCUCUGAUCCAUAUGUCUCCGUUGGGUGGGCGAAGUUUGGCAAACCUAUGUGGAGCACGAGAUUGCUUGAGAAGAAUAUGGAGCCUGUGUGGAAUGAGUGCACGUACCUGCUCGUGACACCAGAGGAGCUCAACGUGAACGAACGACUUCGAGUUCAGCUGUGGGACGCUGAUCGCUUCACAGCCGAUGAUGAUCUUGGGAGGAUUGAAUUGGAUCUGAAGCAGCUGAUGCGAGGCGAGGAAACCAAUGGCCGCAUGCAACGCAGACAGGACGGCUUCCGUGCGCUGAAAGCUGGUGAAGACAUGCCUGGUAAAUUGGAGUGGGAUGUGGGCUACUACAGCAAAGCUCGUCUUCAAAAAUGCCAGCUCGAGCGCCAGACAGUCGAUUCUUCCAUCAGAUCUAUGGAUCAGCUGCAGAAGAAGGUGGAUAAAACUUGUGAGAACAAGCUACGCGAAGCCAACAUUAAAAAAGGUCGCCACAGUCGUGACCAACAAGAAUUAGAGCAGCAGAAAGCGCAGGAGAUGAAGGCUCAGACAGACGCCAUGAUGAUCUCUGCCCCGCCUCCUGAAGGUUAUCCGUCUGGCGUCUUUAGUAUCCAGAUUCAUCAGAUCACUGGUCUGGAGUUGGAGAAGACGAACAAGAACCAGACGGAGAAGGACAUUAACGACCAUGAGUCACAAGAGGAGGGAGAUCACUUACCUUCUGCCUACUGCACCGUGAUCAUCAACCACAACAAGGUCUUCAAGACCCGCACGAAGCCCAAGAAUGCAAGGCCGUUCUACAAUGCGGGUGUGGAACGCUACAUACCAGAUUGGCAGAACUGCGAAGUCUAUGUCUCCGUCCGAGACGCUAGGGUGAAGGAAGACGACCCUCUACUCGGUAUAGUGCACCUUCCGCUCUCUGAAGUCUUCAAGGAUCGAUCGCAAGUCAAUGGCUUCUACCCUCUGAUGGGUGGUGUUGGCUACGGCCGAAUCCGCAUCUCGAUGGUCUGGCGAAGCGUACAACUCCAAGCUCCGCCACAAGAGCUUGGAUGGGGUUACGGCACGCUAGAGAUCCAUCCCGGGGUGGAGAGUCAUGAUCUACCACACGAGUAUAACAAGAUGAAGAUCCGAUUCCACAGCGAUAUCACAUAUGCGAAGAUCUGGCCGGCGAAGGGGGAUGGGCACUGGGAUACGAAGAGAGACCUAAGUCUCAAGCUGCCAUAUAAGAAGCGCUAUGCGAGCUGCUUGGCGCUGGAGUUCAGGAAGAAGGGUAUUGCGAAAGAUAAGACGGCAGCUUUUGCAACGUACUGGCUUCGCGAGAUCCCCGACGAAGUGGAGAAGGAAAUAGAUCUGCCGGUCUACACAGGUAACUUUGCACGCGCACGCGUCAAUUGUCUUGAUCAGCCUGGCGAGAAGAUCGGCACGAUAAAAUUACGAGUGACGUUCUGGUCAGGACUUGGCGGAGCGCAUAGCUCAUGGGCGUCCAAAGAUGCCGCUAUGAGAGAUGUCGUGGAAGUCCUGCAAGUCUCGAGAGAUCAGAUGGAAAGUCUUGGCGAGGCGAAGAAGGCUGGUAUUGUGGACGAAGAAGACACGAGUGGCUCCAGUGACAGUUCCAGUGACGACGAUGACGACGAGGACAGAUCCAAGCAGCACAAUGGUGAGGAUGGCAAGGGCAAACAUCCGGGUCAUAACCCUCGUGAACGUAUGAGUGGCGGCGUGACCCUUGUGGGCGAGGAGAAGGACGGCGCUGCUGCCGAUGGCAAAGGUAACGAGGGGAAAGAAGGCGGCGGACAAGUCCAAGACGUGUCCAAGCCGAAGAAGAAGCAUAAUAUAAUCGAUGCGGCGAAAGACUACAAGAAACAUAUGAAGAGUGAGCAUCGACGGCAUCACGGCAUCAUGCAGUGGAAGAUUCCGCGGACUGCACAAUGGGGUGUCCAUAAAGUCGAGCAUGCUGGCCAGAAGGUUGGGAAUCUGCUUAAGAUGCAUACCAAACAGCCUGGUAUAGAGACGGAAGUGUAG